AGCAGAGAAGUGCAACUGAUGCAAAAAAACAUCACUCUAUAUAAAUAAUUACCAACGGUUGGUAAUAAUUAUAUACGAUUACAGUUUUAAAGGAAGAAUAAUUUAAUGCACUACAUUUUUUCCUUAAAUCAUAGGGAAGGAGCAAUCUGAGGACGGAUCACAGCUGGAAAUUCCAGUUUCAAACCUUCAAUAGACCACAGGACGCAGUUUCAGUGAGAAGAAAUGGAGCGGGGAUUGAUCCUGUUGUCUGCUGUUCUGAUGGUUUCUGUGGCGCUCGGUCAAGAUCUAACACCUCUGACGCAGGCGGAAGUCACACGAGAUGGUUGUGGUGAACACAAAACGUGCAUGGGGAGUCCAGCAAAGUGUGAUCCUGCAGAAGCACAGAGCCCCUGUAUGUUUUCUUCUUUGGCAAGACUUUCAGAGGAAAAGAAACUGUUGUUCCAAGUCAGACAAUAUGUGGCCGAUGGGAAUUAUGCUGGACUGUACCUGACAACUGAGGGUAAGAGCCUGAUGUUCACCUGUGCUAUUCUUAGCACAGGCUUUACCCACCAGGUGAUGAGCGGCAAUACGGUCAUCACUUCAAACGAGGUUGUGACAGGUGUCAGAGGCUCAAUGAUAGCGAGUGUGCUCCGGUGUGAAUUCAGAGUCAACAUGACCGCAGUCACCAGCGCUGUCAGUGUAGUCAUGGGGACAGGCACUUUUACAGAGGACUCUCCUGGUGUGAUUACCUUCGAAACAAUGGAGAACACUGUUUCACUGGAGAUCCCCAACAUCCCCACAGUGAAAGAGGACACUAUGUCAUCAGGAGCCAGCAGUCUUUUCCACUCUCAUGCCUUGUCUGUCGUGCUGACCUUCCUCACAAUGGUCGCCAUGCACAGUGCCUGAAGGAGUGAGGAGGACGAGGACGAGAAGGUGGAGGAGGGUGAGGACAAGAAGGUGGACGAGGAGGAAGAGGAGGAUGAGAAUGAGGAGGAGGACGAGAAGGAGAAGGCGGAAGAGGAGGAGACACACGUGCUGGAUUUAUGUAUUUCAUUAUCUUUAGCACGGGCCAGACGGUGGGUGUAGUGGUUAGCACUCUUGCCUUUGCAACAAGCAGACCCGGGUUCGAGCCCCGGUUGGAACAAGGGUCUUUCUGCAUGGGGUUUGCAUGUUCUCCCCGUGUGUGCGUGGGUUUUCUCCGGGUUCUCUGGUUUCCUCCCACAGUCCAAAAACAUGCAAGAUAGAGAUUAGGAAAAUUGGACACUCUAAAUUGACUGUGAGAGUCGCAC